AUGUUUGCAAAACAGUUUCGUGUUAAGUCUAACACCGUAAUGAAGGGCUCCGACAGGAGAAAGCUCAAGGCUGACAUAUCAGCAGCCUUCCCUUCCCUGUCAUCUGAUGAAUUAACAGAACUGGUUCCGAACAAAGAGGAAUUAAAUGUUGUGAAGAUAUACACGCACAAAGGAGAUGGUGUCACAAUAUAUGUUGGGCAUAAAAACCCACUUUUCUUUGAAAUUGAGAAACAACUUUACCCUACAGUUUACACGCUUUGGCGCUAUCCUGCCGCCCUGCCUACAUUCAGGACAUGGCCUCUUGUACUUAACAAGCUAAUCGGCGGUGCUGACCUCAUGCUUCCAGGAGUGGUAGUACCUUUCAAUGGACUUCCAAAUGUGAAAAAGGGUGACCGCUGUGCUGUUACACUUGUCAAUAAUAGUACUAAAAUAACUCUUAAUAAUUACAGAGCUCCUGUUGCAGUUGGCACAGCUGUAGUUUCCAGUGCAGAAAUGGUCGAUUUGGGCAUGAAAGGGAGAGGAGUGUAUGUUUUGCACACAUACAUGGAUCAUCUUUGGUCUUUUGGAGAAAAGUCCUGUCCUCCCCCUUUGCCAGAUGAAGAAGGUGAAGCCCUUUUAGUGAAUCGUGAAGAAUGUGUGGCUGAUGAGCCAGAAGAAGGUGCGGAGGAAGAGGUGACGGAAAAGGAAAGUGGGAAGAGUGCGCUGCAGGAGCAGCAAGCAAGGGAGCCAGCCAAAUAUCAAGCCUGUCCUGGUGCUGUUGACAAAGAAGAGGAGGAAGUUAAAAAGGGCAACGAGGAAGGGGAGGAGGACCCAGAUGAUCAGAAGUCACCGCAAGAGGUCAUGGACGCGCUACUUUGGCAGUGUUUCCUCUUGGCUCUCAAAAGCAAGGUGAAGAAAUCAGAGCUCCCUCUGCUGACAAGUACUUUUCUCCGCAACCACAUGUUCUCCUGCUGCCCAAGCGGAAAACUACUAGAUAUAAAAAAGUCCAGCUAUAAAAAGCUCUCCAAGUUCCUGCAGGUCAUGCAGGAGGAGCACAGUAUUGUACAGGUGAAAGAACUAACGAAGGGCGUGGAAAGUAUUGUAGAGGUGGACUGGAAAAGCCCAGAACUACGCUUCUCUGUUCCUGAGGAAGCAGAUGUUGAAGCGGUUCCACUGGGAGAAACACUGUAUCAUCCCCCUGAGAUCACCACUUUAUACUCUGUUUCAGUUCGCCUACAGCCUCUUUUUGAAGAUGCAAACAAAAGGAAAGGUGUGGCACUGCAGCCUGCUGAGGUGAGAAGCAUUGUCACUGAGUAUGUGAAGAACAAUGACUUGGUGGAUGAAAAGAAUAAGAAUUACGUGAGAAUCAACCCAAUACUGUGUGACUGUUUGCUUGAGAAAUCGGAGCACCAGGACGUAGACACUCUCAAGUGGGAUGAGCUUUUCAGCAGGACAUUGGGGAGAAUGCAGCUGUGCCAUCAAAUAGUGUUUCCUGGACAACCACCCGUUUUAAAGAAGGGACACAUUGAGCCCAUUGAUGUCUCAGUGGCUUCCCGAGGGUCCAAUAAAAAGGUGACCAUAAUAAAGAACCUGGAGAUGUACGCUUUGGAUCCUUCUGCUGUAGCCACCGCGUUGCAGCACAGAGUUCAAGCAAGUUCCGUCCUGCAGCCCCUUCCUGGGGCCAAAGACAAAGUCCUGGUCCAGAUACAAGGCAACCAGAUUCAACAAGUUGGAAGUUUGUUGCUAGAUCAUUAUCGAAUUCCUCGCAAGUACAUCCAAGGGUUAGACAAAGCUCCAAAAGGUGGAAAGAAGUAA